AUGCGCUUCACCAACAUCCUCACCGCCUUCUCCUGCAUCGCCAGUGCCCUCGCCGCCAAGUACAUCCUCGUCUUGAACCCCACCACCGACAUCGAAAGCUUCAGCGCCAAGCUCGCGCAGGACAGCAUCGUCGUCGUCAGCAAGUUCCCCCUCUUCAACAUCCUCGUCGUCCAGACCUAUAUCCACGAUAUCGCCGCCCUAGAGAGCUACCCCGAGGUCUCCGACGCCGAGGUGGACCAGAUCGUCACGAUUGGCCCCGUUAUUCCUCCCGUCCCGUUGCCCUCCCCGCUGCCCGACUCGGAGGAACCCGAAGUUCCUCCCGUUCCGCUGCCGUCCCCGCUGCCUGAGUCGGAGGAACCCGAAGUCCCCCCCGUACCGUUGCCGUCCCCGCUGCCUGGUUCGGAAGAGCCGGAAGUUCCCCCCGUCCCGCUGCCUUCCCCGCUGCCCGACUCGGAGUAA